CGAUUCGUUCUGGUCAAGAUACAAUUUUAUAUUGGUAUCACUUUGCUGGAAAAUAUGACAGAAGAAAAGAUGAAGUUUCUGUUAGUAACAAAGUCGAAAAAUUAGAACGCUUUUCAGUGCGGUAG